CGACUUCUUAAACGUGAAGAAAUCUCAUGAUAGCAGCCAAGAACCACCAGAGCAGCGAGCCAGCAAAGCCACCGUCCACCUCGCGACGUUUGCUCUUCCAAAUCAUCGAGAUCAAAUCGAUCUCGCAGAUAACUAGAUUGCUAGAUUGGAUUCGGUGGUGUUCGUAAGAUACCCAGGGGGGGAGGUCGCCCCAAUGGAUCAGCGCGGCGGCGUCUGGAUCCGCGCCGCGGUGGCGGUGGCGGCGGGUGGUGCCAUCGCGGCGCGCGCGGUACGGCGCAAGUCCGUCGACUCCAGCGCCGUGUUCGUCGGUGUACCGGCCAUGGUGGCCCACACCGUCGCCGGGUACAGGUUUGCGGGGCUGCUGCUGGUGUUCUUCUUCACGGCGUCGCGGGUGACGAGGGUCGGCGAGGCGAGGAAGCGUGCGCUCGAUCCCGAGUUCAAGGAGGGCGGGCAGCGCAACUGGAAGCAAGUUCUGUCAAACAGUGGCAUUGCAAAUAUCUUGGUAGUUUUGAUAGCAUUAGUUACUGGAGGGACAGAUAGGUGCUUGGAUUCAAAAGAGUCGACUCUUGUAACUGCUCUUAUCGGUGGUGUUAUCGGACAUUAUGCUUGUUGUAAUGGUGAUACAUGGUCUUCUGAGCUCGGCAUUCUUAGCAAAGCUGAGCCACGAAUUAUCACAACAUUCAAGAGGGUGCGAAAGGGUACCAAUGGUGGUGUAACCAUCGACGGGUUUCUCGCGGCAGCAGCAGCUGGAUUCUCGAUUGGGCUUGCAUUUGUGCUAAUAGGAUUCUUGACCACUCAAUGUGCUUCUGAUGUAUUUUGGAGGCAGCUGCUAGUUAUACCCUUGGCUACAGCUGCUGGCCUAUGUGGAAGUCUUAUUGAUUCGUUCUUGGGCGCAACAGUUCAGUAUAGUGGGUACUGCAGUGUUCGUAAAAAGGUGGUCGGAGUAGACGGUCCAACAGUAACGAGGAUUUCAGGAAUGAACAUACUGGAUAACAACGGGGUCAAUGUAGUAUCUGUUUUCUUGACAACUCUGCUUACUGCCUUGGCUUGCACAUACAUCUUCUGAGAUCUAGCUACGGAGACUAAUGGUAGGACCACAUCACAGAUGAUAACCAGAAACUCGAUUGAUGAAUCACAACAGCAAAUCUUGUAACAGUGCCAUUUAUUAUUUUUCAUACGUGUAGCAAAUAGAUGCAAUUGUUGUUUUACCAUUAAAUAUUUCACUGGAUGAAAAUUUUAAAUCAAGAAAUUUACUUGCAGGUAACCCACAGAUGUCUGAAAGUUGAUGUUC